AUGUACGACGAUUCUUGGUACAGCUUCGUGCCGGAGGUGGCCAAGAAAGCUGCCACCACGGCCGCCCAGAGUACAGGCCAUCGUCGCAAAGAGUCGCUGUUGCAGCAGUCGAAUGGUGCCCCCCAAGCUUCCAAUGCAAUAGAAGCUCUCGACGAGAUUUUUGAAGAGAUCGAAGACCGGAACACGCCCCCGGAAGCCACGGUUUUGCGUCGCGCAAAAUCGUAUUCCGACUUUUACCAUGUCGUUCGAGCUCAGUUAGCAAAGGAUGAGCAGCAGAAGAGGCGCAGGAGGAGGAAAGACAAGACUUGGGAUGCGCUAGAUGUUGCAACAGGAGUCGCCGACGCCAAGGCCGAUCGCCGUCCCGUUCAUCGCCAGUACGAGGGGGAACUGCUCGAGGCUAGCCAGCAGGAAUACCUACUGUACAAGGAUCAACUGACGCUCACCGAACGGCACCUCGACAUGCUCAUCGACGACACAAACCAAGCACUAAAGCUGUUGACGACACUAUCCGAAUCGUUCCAGUCCGUGGAGGCACAAACGAGUUCAUUCCAGUCGCAGUGCGAAGACCUUUUGUCGGAACAGCACAGACUUGAGAAGCUGGCGGACGAGGUCGGCACCGAUCUCCACUUCUACGCAUACCUCGAUACUGUUUCCAGGCGACUUAAUGCUCCUGGCGCUGGACGUCUGGUUGAUGACGAUUCUUUCGGCGAGAUUUUGAGAAAUCUAGACUCUUGUAUAGGGUUCAUGUCGAAACACACGACGUACCGUGAUGCUGAGUCAUACCUCGCUCGGUACGAAGCUUUGCUGACCAAGGCACUUCAUCUUCUCGAGGUCGGCUUCACCAACAGACUGGAUAGCGUUUCCUCUGAGAUAUCGGGCCAAAUUGCAGGAACCAAGUCCGAGGCCACCCGCCACGCUUUGGCAUAUGGGCGUUUUGAGGAAAUGAUUCUUGAUUCCUACUCCUUGAUCCCCAAUAUCCACAAGGUAAUCAAUAGCGUAUACGACGAAUACGGGCUUCCGAUCGCUGGUGUUGCCAAUGAUAUCUACUCGAAUACUACGGGAAAUCUCUUUAGCUCGUACUUGGCCGUUCGAGAUCGCGACUUGAAGCCCAUCGUGCAGCACGACCAGGAAGAGUUCAAGAAGGAGAUCAAAGAUCUUUCCGUUGAGACAGCUUCAAGGAAUUACAUCAAGCAGAGCUUCGAACGCGCGUUCAACGAGGCCAAUCUAUUUGCCAAAAUCUUCGGUCUGGAUCUCCAGUGGAGCUCCGAUCCGGAGUCGGCGUACGGGGUCCUCAAGUCCAACCAGAGAUCGCUCGUCAACCCCGCAAAUCUUGUUCAGUUAGCCAGUAAUCUGAAUGCCGCGUUGCAGACGGCGGAUCUAGACACCAUCUGCAGUGUGGUUGGCUGGUUGACUAACGAGUAUCUGGUCCUCGACUAUGAUGAGGAGGAAUCUCCCUUCGCCCGUCAAUGUCGCGAGCUCAGCGCCAGACUCCUGACCGAGCACCUCUGGGUCUUUACGGAUAAUGCAUUCGAGGCCGAGAUUACAAAGACGAUCUCCAAGGCCGCGGUAAAGGAUGAAGCUCUCACCGUUGGCCCUGUGGUCGGCGGCGUUUCUUCUUCGAAUGCCUUCGCUCCUGUCAAACAAGCACUCAAGCUGUUGGCCAUGUACGACCAGGCCAUGCCCAAAGAACGAAGCCAAAAGAACAGCCAGGUUGUGUUCAAGAUCGUCCGGGAAACCAUCCAGAUCCUGCAACGCGCCGAGGCGCGCAUCAAGUCCAUCAAGGCCGGCACGGACGCCGAUCUUUUCAUGGUGAAGAACCUUCUCAUCAUCAAGAACGAGCUCGUCUCCCUCGAAAUUGGAGAUAUUCACGGAGACACGGCCGCCAUGCAGCACUUCGGCCACAUCUGGGACAACCUCAGCCCCCAGAGCUGGGUAGGCUUCGUCAGCAACAUUAUCGGCGGCUCUCUCUGGUCUCGGGGUACGGGAUCGGCGACGCAGCAGCAGCCGUCCGUCACGGCCAAGACGCUGACGGUCGAGGACAUGAGCGAGCAGCUGGACGAGCUGCUGAGGCAGUCCAUCGUCGCUUUCACGCAGCGCUGGGGCGGGCUGACCAACGACGCAAGGGCCAGGAAGCCCGGCGUGAAGCCCAUCGGCAAGGUCGAGAAGGAGCUCGACGAGGUGCUGCUCAGGGCUUUCAGCAACCAGCCCGAGGUGAUUGCGAAGCUGAAAGAGGCGAUUCAGAUCAAUGCGCAGGCGCAGGAGACGGCGCAAGAGGAAAAGAAGGGAAUUAGACGGUACUGA